ACUCUAAAGUCUAAACCCAGGAACCAAUCGUAAAUUCAAUUUUUUCCAUAUUUAAAAAAAAAAGGGGAAAAUUCCCUCUGGUCGGUUACUGUCACCGGAGAAAUCACAGAACCACCGUCUCCGAUGGCAACUACGGCGAUUGCUCCACCGUCGCACCUCUCCGUUCACCUCCUCCGUGCUCCUCUUUCCUCCCGCCGCCGCGUCGUGAGGUUCUCCUCCGAGACUCGGACCCGCCGGAGAUUCGCCGGGUUGGCGGUAACCCGGGCGGUAGCUGGGCCGGAUCUUCUGGGUGAUUUCGGGGCGAGAGACCCGUUUCCGGAGGAGAUAGCGAGCAAUUUCGGAGAGAAAGUUCUAGGGUGUACGGACACCGAGCACAAGAUCCUGAUACCCAACGCCUCUGCUCUGUCUCUGUCGCAGCAAACGUGUUCCCCUGUUUCUCCAUCGCAGCCUCCCAUGUCGGUCGGUGAAGCCAAGGAGCUUCUCAGGAAGGUUCUCGGUUGGAGAUUAUUGGAAGAAGAAGGGGGGCUUAAAAUGCAGACGACUUGGAAGGUGAGGGAUUCGGCUUGCGGGGCCGAACUGAUGAACAGGAUUCAGAAGGUGGCUGAAGCUGCUGGCCAUUGCCCUGCCCUCCAGUUCCACGAGCCCAACCAGGUUCAAGCUAUUCUCUGGACUUCUUCCAUCGGAGGGUUGAGCAUGAACGACUUCAUAGUUGCAGCCAAGAUAGAUGAGAUAAAGACUUCAGAUCUUGCCCCAAGAAAACGAGCUUGGGCAUGACACGUGGCAUGUUUUUUUUUUGUAUCAUUAUUAUUGGUGGAUGAUUUGAUAUCCUUUUUGUUACUGCCAAUUUUUAAUGUAUGGAAUCCUUUUUCCAUUUCAAUCCCUUAUGGCAAAAUUUUCAUCAUGACCUCA